AUGGGCAAACUGGUAUCUGUGGUGAGCGGUGAGAUAUUCGACGUUGGCGUUGACAUUCGACCAGGCUCGAAGACAUUCGGCAAAUGGCACGGUGUUGUGUUGAAUGGAAAAACGAAAACGAAUUUUUGGAUUCCAGACGGCUUUUUGCAUGGAUUUUACACACUCUCGCCAGAAGGUGCGCAUGUAACCUAUAAAUGUACGGGAGUUUAUGAUCCGACAAGUGAAUUUGGUGUGAAUCCGUUCGAUGAGCAAAUUGCGAUCAAAUGGCCAAUCGCUGAUCAGAAAGAUUUGAUUCUUAGUGAUCGAGACAAAGCUCAUCCAAACUUGAAGGACCUUCAGAAGGCAUGA